AUGUCUCCAAAGAUUGGCCCACUUUCUUUCGAAACACCGGGUCCAGGUGAUAUGGCGUUUGACAAACCGUAUUCCGAAGCAACAGCACAAAUGAUCGAUCAAGAAGUUCGAGAUAUGGUCAACGCUGCUUUAACGAGGACGCGGGAACUUCUUCUUGCGAAAAGAGAAGACAUAGAAAAGGUUGCUCAGCGACUUUUGGAAAAAGAGAUUUUAUCACGUGAGGACAUGGUAGAGUUAUUAGGUAAACGGCCGUUCGCCGAGAAACAAACUUAUGAGGAAAUGGUUUCCGGCACAGGAGGAUUGGAUGAAGACACAGAAUUACCGAAAGGUUUGAAAGAUUGGAACAAAGAGAAAGCACCGGCAGGGGCUGCUGAAUGA